AUGAGCGAACUACAAUUUGAUGAGUUCAGUAUUUGCAUGCUCAAGUUCAUGGAGGACAUCACCAACAAACCUGAGUGGUGGCGCAAAGUUCGAGACCCGGUGGUUUCCGCCAAGUGGAAGGAGGAAGUGCUGGCAUUGGACUGGGCAGCGUACCGAAGCCAUGGAGACUUCACGAAGAACAUGGCCGAAGCGUCAGACAAGCUUUUGCCCAGCUCGUUGAUUGAUCGUCUACAAGUCGCUGUCAAAUCUCUUGAAGAUGUUCCCGACCACGAAAAGGUUUGGCAUCCUGGAAGUGACGGUAAAGUCCUCGACCUGGUGUACCCGUCACUCUUCCCACUCCUGUACGGCCGGUCACGCAUUAUGCACGAACGGAUCACAUUAGAUAACUGCCUCGAACUCGGCGGACGCGGACUUAUCAUCCCCAAACCCGACGAAUCUGAUGUUGGUGAAGGUAGGACCUUCGACUGGCAAGGCGCACCUGUUGAGCUAGUAUCCACUAAGUUUCAGUGGCUGCCAUGUGAUGUCGCCAUUGACGACGACGGCCGGCCCACCAUUGAGAGUUAUAUCAAUAUUUUGCGCCCAAGGAAACACUCAAAUUUGUACCCCUUAGUCGAAGAACUAAUACAGAAGUCUUUGCCAGCUUGGGACAUCAUCUAUCGCUGGGUGAGAAAGUUCCCAGUCCAGCGUCUGACCGCGCGAAAGGUCGGAAAGCGUGUUGCAGUUUCUGAUGUUGUCCCGGAGAAGGGAAACCAGUCAGGCGGAAACGAAAGCGAUGUUCCCAUGGGAUAUCAAGAUGAAGACCACCUGGAGAUCGACAACUUGGCCCAACCCACGGCUUCUACUGGAGAGAAGAGAGGCAGACAGCCCGGGGACACCCAGGAAACCAAGCGACUGAAGACCGACGAAGCGGACUCUGAAGACUACGAUGAUAACAAAGAUGAGGACGACUACGACAAUGAUGACAGUGACAGCGAAGACGAACAAGUUCGAGAGCCCUCUGCUUAUUUUAGACUAUCGACCAAAAACAUCAAGCGCACCGGAUUCUUCAACAAAACACCCCGCAUUCAAGUCAUCGUCAAAUUCGCCAACAUCCACCUCACACCCGAAAAGCCAUCAUAUAACGACGGCUCAUGGCAGGCACGUCGAGGCGCCAACAUCACCGAGUCCCAGCUUGCUUUCCGCGCUCCGGGGAACAGGGAGAAGCUGGGUCAGCGUCUCAACUACCAGCAGUACGAUCACAAGUCUUUUGAAAUGGUUUUUGCGAUUCGGAGUAGCUCCGAUACGCUCCAGGAGGUAGGGAGCUCGCUGACGCGGCCUGGGAGGGCGCUCUUCUUCUCGAACUUGAGCCAGCAUAAGGUGCGGCCUUUCCAGUUAGAGGAUCCGGCGAAGCCUGGGUACAGGAAGAUUGCGGCUUUGUUUCUCGUCGAUCCUGCUGUGCCUGUGAUUUCGACGGCGAAUGUGCCUCCUCAGCAGAAGCAUUGGUCCGUGGUUAAGGACCAGGAUCCGGAGGCGAACGAGAUGGUUGAUGUUGGAUCUCUUAGCAGUCGGCAGAAAAGAUGGAUCCGGAAGGCGGUAUGGGCACUUACAAACGGCCCUUUCACUUAUAUACCACUUCUGGGAGAUCGUGGGCUCUGCCCACAAUCUCCUCCUUCCACCUCCAGACGCAGCAAUAAUAGACCAUUAUUGACACUUCGUUCCAACCGUACGGUUGCCCUGCUGACGUGUAUACCAACAGUUGAGACCAUGAGUGUUCUGAUUGAAAUGAACGAAGCAAAGAAGCUACAGGAAGAGCUCAUGAAGGAAAGGAUAGUUCUAUCAAAGACUGUCAAUGAAGAGCUCAGAGACGUGGAGUGGAGUUUCUGCGAGCACUGAGACAAAAUGGACUUGGCCCUAUGUUGACAAACGAUAUGCCAGCCGACGGUCUUACCAAGAACCUCUCACGAGCAAAGUUCGAGCACUUUAUAUCGCUCCUAAACA